UUCAGAUUUUUUUUUUGAAAAGAGGGGAUAUUCAGAUUUUAGCUUUAAUCAUGCCACAACUGAAUAUAUACUUACAAUAAUGCAUGCAUUAUACACAUUCUUUCUUCUAAGAACAUCAGCUUUAAUAAAAAAAAAAGAAAAAGUUAAAUUCCCAAAAUAAUGAAGAUUAAAUUAAUGUAAUAGUACAUAAUUGUUGAUUCCUUUAACAUUUUAUCACACAAAAGAAACUAAAAAAUCCAAAAGCUGAUGACAAGUGAAACAUAGAAGCCAUGGGGGCCACCAUGUAUUAUAUCUAAGAACAAGUGUGCCCCAGGUUCCCAUGUCAAUCAACUUGUUUUUGUCUUUCUUUUUAUAAAUUUUUUUUUAAACCCUUUUCCUUGUGCCGUCCUACCCCUUCACGCCAUCGUUUAGCCGCGUUUUCUGGCUUUCCUCAUUCGAGAGAAAACCUUCCGUUGUCAUUUAAUUGAGGUUUUUUUUUUGCCCUUUUCGAAGUUUGAACUGAUAAUAUAUGGCAAGUGCUGCUAAAGCAAGUCCUGCAUGUAUUUGCAGUUCAUGUCGAAGUAAUAAACCGAGUUUCUGCAGUUUUAUAAGCUUCCAGAGGAGUUGGUUUAAUGAUGGUUUGAGAGGAAUGGCGAGGAUGGAGUUGAAAAAAUCGGUGGUGAAGGGGUAUGAGUGGAACAGGGAAGUGGAAAUCAAUGGCUGCUGCGGGAAGUUCUAUGAUAUUUCGGAGGAAGAUUUGAGGUUUGUGGAAGUGUUCAGGGAAGCCCAGUCUUACGCUUCUUUGCAUCGAGGAAACACAUUUGUCGUGCUGUUGUCAGGGGAAAUCGUCGCCAGUCCGUAUCUGGAUACCAUACUCAAGUUCAGCGUGGCGGCUUCUCCUUUGAUCCAUCUUCGUCGUCCGCAGCCACGCUUCAGAAUCAGCAAUUCAUUUUUCCCUUUAAAGAAAAAACAAAAAACAAGUGGCAGGUUUAGUCAGUAGCGGCUUCCACGCGCUAAACGAACUUCUGGGGGCCGCCACGAUGGCCGCUUCAUGUUCAACGGCUCGCGUCUCUCUCUUCUCUCCCGCUCGAACCAAACUCUUUUCCUCCCGCCACGGCUUCAAAAAGGACGUC